GCCCUACCAGAAAUCCGAGCUGAUCCCGGCACCGUUACUGGGGCGGGGCGUGCGGCCUCCACGCCCCUGAGCUCGGAUCAGGGGGCCUUCCAAUGCGGGACGUGGGCGAACUCCAGCUCCGCCAAUCGGUGCGCUGCGCUGGCAAUUCAAACUGACAGCCGGUUGGAAACGCAGAGAAGGCGGAAGAAGUAGCCCAACGCGGCGUGUUCGGUGACAGAUCCCAGCGUAGACCGAGCCCAGAAAGAGACCUCCGCCCCGCGCCGCGGACCGCGCCUCUCUCUGGGGGAGCGGCCGCUCCGGGAGGGAACCUGAGGAAAACGCGCGGGGUUCCCGGCAGCUGAGGGCAAGGGCUGCCCGGACAGGGGCCCUCGCGCGGGCUGAGCCGGGGGCUGAGGGGAACCGAGGCGGGGCCCGCGGGGAAGCCGAGGGGGUUCCGAAUCCCGGGAAGCGGACGCGAUCCGUGAGAGGGGCUUCAUGCUGGGCCAGGGCGAAGGCUGAGGCGAUUCCUGACGGGAGCACCCCGUGAGCCUGCAGAGAGGGCGAGCCGUGGAGGGGUGCCCUGCGGACCCCACUCCCUUGCUGCUGUCCGCCCCCGGGAAAACAGCAAAGGACUCCCCCGCCGCCCACCUUCAGGACCCGCGACUUGAUUUUUCCUCCGUCCGGGGCGGUGGCUGUGGGUAGGGAGGGCUGCGCUCUGGAGCCGGCCCUCCGAGCCGCACACCUGCUCCCGCUCGGGCCGCCAUGACCACCGGCAGCUGCAGCUUCGAGGACCGCUGCGUGUCGGUGCUGUGCUGCAGGUUCUGCCAGCAGGUGCUCAGCUCCCGGGGGAUGAAGGCCGUUCUGCUGGCCGACACCGAGAUCGACCUUUUCUCCACGGACAUCCCACCUACCAAUGCAGUAGACUUCAUUGGAAGAAGCUAUUUCACCGAAAUCUGCAAAUGUAAACUGAAGGACAUCGCAUGUUUAAAAUGUGGAAACAUUGUAGGCUAUCAUGUGAUCGUUCCAUGUAGUUCCUGUCUCCUUUCUUGCAACAAUGGACACUUCUGGAUGUUUCACAGCCAAGCCGUCUAUGAUAUUAACAGACUGGACUCCACAGGUGUAAACGCCCUGCUUUGGGGAAACUUGCCAGAGAUAGAAGAGAGUACUGAUGAAGAUGUGUCAGAUAUCUCAGCUGAGGAGUGUAUUAGAUGAAUGGAAUUAGGAUAUGUAAGAUUCUCAUACUAACUGUUUACUAUUUAAAAUAUAUUAAUGAGUCAACCUUAAAAUUAUUAUUAAGGAUUUGCCAGUGAUUUCUUGGAAAACAAAAAUUUAUUUAUUUGCUAUCCCAAAUUAGUUACCUCAGUUGAAUUUCUGCCAAUAAGAUUUUCUUUUCUUCUACGUGUACUUCUUCGUUGCCCUCUGCGCCACCCCUCUGUGUCCUGAAGGUAUAUUAAAUUCAGAUAGGAAGAGAUUCUGUACAAGUCACAGCUGCUUCCCCAUCUAGAGAAGCUUUUCUUACAGCUUGAAUCCAGGUACCAUUACAUUGCUGAAUAAAGGGUAUUAGUACCCACCUAGGUAUCAGCCAUGCAUGUAUGAAGCUCACCUGAGCAUCACCAGGCCAUUGGAAGCAUGUGGCACAGUGGCACAAUGUGAGCUUGGGAUGCUCACAUUCCAUCUCCAGUGUCUGGACUGAAUCCCAGCUCCUCCUCUUCCAAUCCAGCUUCCUGCUAAUAAGUACACCAGGAAUCAUCAGAUGAUGGCUCAAGUUUCUGGGUUCCUGCAGCCCGUGUGGGAAACACAGACUGGGUUCCAGGCUCCUGGCUUCAGUCUGGCCCAGCUCAGCCCUGGCUGUUGUCAACAUGUGAGGAAUGAACCAGCGAUUGGAAGAUCACUCUCCAUCUCUCUGUCUGUCUUUCUGCUUCUCAGAUAAAAACUGAAAAUAAGUUAACUAAAAAUUAAAAAAAAAAAAAUAGGCAGCUAGGUUUCCAUGGGUACUGGUGACCAAAUGUUAUAUUGGGGAUAACUGCUUUAAGAUGGAGUAAGACUUUGUGACAAUCAGCAAACAGGAGAAAUUAAAAAUUUUAAAUACAGUUUGUGGAAGAAUCCCCUUGAAUCUUCAACAUGACAUUAGAUACAUGAGUUUAUCAGAGAAUUAUCAGCAGAUACUAUUUACCAAUGUUAUUUAUUUACAUUCUUUUAAAGCCAUUUUUUAUAUUAUUGUAUGAACACCAGAUAAACCAACCCUCCGUCUUUAAGUUAUCCCAUUCUCUAGGGCUUUUUCUGUAAAUAGCAAAUUUUAGAUGAAUAGUCUCAAUCUAAUCCUUAAAUAGGAAGAAAAAUUUUGAAAGUGGUUUGCUUAAGUCAUUGUACCUUAUAGAGUUUGAGUUUCUCUUGAUUUUGUGUUGUUUGGUGUUUGUUUUUUUUUGUUUGUUUGUUCGUUUUAAGAUGCAUUCAGAGCCACUCAGGAACAGGAAACUGGAAUAGUGUUGAAUUCUGGUUUUAUGUGAAAGCUACAAUGUAUCUCUUUUAGGUAAUAUCUCAGUUGUAUACAUGUUGUCAAUAGUGACACUAAA